AUGCCACAAAGCGUCUACGGAAAUACAAUAUUCCAAAAUCCGAACGUGGGGUACGGACCCGUUUCCAGGAUUAGUAGACUGAUUCCGAGCGAGGGACCAAUUUAUGGUGGUAUAGAAGUCACCGUACUUGGAAAUAAUUUUUAUAACGGCUUGACAUGUGUGUUUGGUGACACACCUGCUAUCCCGACGCAAUUCUGGUCUUCUAAUACUUUAGUCUGUCUUUUACCUCCAUCUCCGACGCCGGGUCCAGUUAUCGUAUCCUUCAAAGAAUUUCCGAUAAACCUGAUGGACGGUCAGAAUUCUGAAGUUGUGGUGUUUACAUAUAAUGAUGAUUCUGAUAGAGCACUGAUGGAACUAGCUCUGCAAGUAGUCGGAAUGAAAAUGACUGGGAAGCUCGACGAUGCACGCAACAUUGCCAUGCGCAUCAUUGGCGACACUUCCACCAACUCUUCCCAUUCGCCAUCCACAUCUCCAUCAGGCACCACUCACACCAUGAACUCUACCAUAUCAGCAAUCGUUCGAAAUGCUUCAAUGUCCAAUAAUCUAGAGGAACACAUUAUUAAAACGAUGGGUUUGUUGGACGUUGAGACACAAUUUGACGAUUGUAUUUCACUACAAAAUAGUACGAAACAUACAAUGUUGCACUUGGCGGCUAUGCUAGGAUUCGCAAAUUUGUGUAAUGUGUUGAUUGAACGAGAAAUUGAUUGGGAAAUACAGGAUAAUUAUGGAUUUACUGCGCUUCACUAUGCCGCCUGGGCUGGAAGGACCGAGAUUGUCCAAUUACUUUUAGCAGCUGGGGCACGUGAUGACCUUCGCAACGUAUACGACCAACGUGCAUUGGACCUAGCUGCUUCUCGUGGUUAUGAGGAAAUAAUUAGCCUCCUCUUUGAACAACAACACGAUUCUGGUGUUUCUCUUUCUCCGUCAUCAUCCGAAGAAGAUGCGUAUUUGGUCGAUUCGGAUGACAGCUGGCCAGAUUUUGACAGCGACGCAGAGAUUGAGAGUGAAAACGAACAGAGCGCUACGAGGGAGUCGAUCGAUGAUUCGAGCGAAGAUGUAUUGGAAGGAAAGAGUAUAGACGUGACUAAACAUAAAACAGAUACUAUGCGAGAAACUGGAAAAACGGCAGAUUUUGAUACUGACACGAAAGACAAGGAUGUUCCAAUUACAUGGGUUGAUCCCAAAAGUUCCACAGAAAACAACUUAUCGGCAGAGAAUAUUCUUGGCGCGGAUGAAAUUGUCGAUGCCGAACCGGUCGUAGAUGACAAAAAGUCCAAGCAACCGCUAGCUGACUUUGCCAAUGACCUGGCAUCAGCAUCGACCAUCUGGCUUCAAAAAACCUUUGCUCACAUGCACAUGCCAAAUAUCAGCAAACCUCCACAAUUGAAUAUUCCGCUGCCAACCAUCAAAAUGCCCACUCUCCAAAAUUUCUCAUCUCCCAAAUUCCCAUCACCAAAAUUCUCAACCAUGACGUUUGCUUCAAAAAUGUCGAUUCCCAGACCAUCGAUGCCGAGCAUACCGUCUUUGCACAUGUUCGAGAUGCCUGCGUUCACGGCAAUGAUGGCAGCUUUUCCUGCGAUGAUUGCGUCAUCACCAUUUGCUAACUUUAGUCGUGAGGAUAGAACAGAUGGACCGGCCUCGGAUCCAUCUAUUGAGCAAGUAACAUCUGUUAAUAACGCUUGGGAACAAUAUUUCAAAUUUACUCGGAAACAAUCGGACGGAAGCGACGGAGAUAAAAAGGAAGGGGGUAAUAACAUGUUUGGCGGUAACAUGUUUGGCGGUAACAUGUUUGGCGGUAACAUGUUUGGCGGUAACAUGUUUGGAGGUAACAUGUUUGGAGGUAACAUGUUUGGCGGUAACAUGUUUGGCAGUAACAUGUUUGGCAGUAACAUGUUUGGGUAUACGUGGCCGUUAUGGUAUAACUCGGAAGGACAGCAACACGUGCCAAUGUAUCCACACCAGCCGGGCGAAGGUACAUCGAAUGCUGCGCCAGCUACUAUAAAGAGAUCCAAGAGACAUUAUGGAAUUCCACGUGUAGACGAGGCUGCUUUCGGAAGGUACAAAGAAAAAAUGAAAAGGUUGAAGAAAGACCGGAUGCUAUUUUUGUUCUGGGUGCCUAUGCUUUUCG